AUGACAGCGGCGAAGGUCCCAGCAUGGUGUAUGGUCGCAGCAGUGUCCAUCUGCUUGCUGCAGGCCUCUCCAGUCAUCGCCCAGGACAGCAGCGCUUCAAGACCAUCCCUGUCACUGCAAGAUGUCUCCCACUUUGACGCCUCUAAGUAUGCCCUGCCCCUGCCAUCCAACCGCGCUGCUGUCUCAGCAGAAGGCACCAAUCAGACGGCCUCACUGGCAGCCAUUGCAUCGGCCAUGGCUGAGGCAGCUGCUGAGAGCCCCUCGCAGGACUCGAAGUACAUCCUGCCAGUCCCCAGCCAAGUCCCAAAGGCAGAGGGAGCUGCAGCUGAAAGCCCUGCUUCUGCCCCCACUGCAGCUCUAAUAAAAGGCUCUUCAGCGCGGAUCGAAGCUGUUGCAGGCAGCGCAGCACAGACAGAAGUUGUCACAGGCACUUCAGCGCAGAUAGAGGCUGUGUCAGGCUUCGUUCAGCGCCAGGGCCAGAACUUUGUCCUGAAUGGCAAAACCGUCUACUUUGCUGGCACCAACGCCUGGUACCUGCCCAUCAGGACUUCGUUCAGCGAUGACUACGUGCGCAACUUCUUCCAGGUGAUGAGCCGGGAGAAGGUGACACUGGUCAGGGUGUUCUGCUUCCUGGACGGCUACGAUGUGACCAGUCAGCCAAUUCAGAAGUCCCCAGGGGUCUAUGAUGAGGAGGGGCUCAAGCGAGUCGACCUGAUCAUGCAGCAAGCGUACCUGAAUGACGUCCGAGUCAUUGUGGUUCCCACAAACUAUGAGCCGGUUGGAGGCGGCAUGCAGUGGUAUGUGGACCAGCUCAUUGGCUCCGGCAACCCGAAGGAGCUCUUCUACACGGACAACAGGUGCAAGCAGGCCUACAAGAACUAUGUCUACAUGCUGCUCAACCGCGUCAACACUUUCACCGGCGUCCAGUACAAGAACGACCCAACCAUGUUCGCCUUUGAGCUGAUGAAUGAGCCCCACACUACGGACCUUUACGAGCGCAACCGGGGACUGCCACCCGGCAAGCUGGCGCGCGACUGGGUCUAUGAGAUGGCCGCCUAUGUCAAGAGCAUCGACCGCAACCAUAUGGUGGCCACAGGAGAGGAGGGCUAUCGCGCAGACGGCCCAACGAACCCCCCUCACAACAACUGGAUCAACGGAGGCUUCAAGGGCCUGGAUCCAGUGGGGAACAUCGCCUGCCCUGACAUCGACUUCAUGACCCUCCAUGUCUAUCCGGACAACUGGGCGAUAGAGGCGUACGAGUUUGACUGGGUCAACCCCAACUUCAUCCGCGACAGAGCGGCCAUCGCCCACGCGCAGAACAAGCCGUUCAUCAUUGAGGAAACCGGCAUGAAGAGGGGUUACCUGGGCAGCCGCGACACGCUGCUGAACUCCAUAUUCGGGGAGGCAAACAACAACAACGCGGGGGCGACCAUGAUCUGGGAGUGGAUCGCGUGGAGCAUCGAUGACUACUCCUACGACUUCUCCGUCGGCCAGGACGGCUCAAACGCCAUGCGCGCCCAGAUCAACCUCAUGAACAGCAAGAGCGGUGGAGUCCCCUCCGGCGGUGGCAGUCCACCCAGCAGCCCGCCAUCUUCAGGCUGCACGGACAACCCGCCCGACAGCCGCUACACAUGCGCACAGCAGGCUGGCUGGGGCCAGUGUGGCCAGUCUUGGAUGCAGGGCUUCUGUGCUCAGAGCUGCGGCCGAUGCGGCUCCUCUUCCUGCGUAGACAUCCCCCCGCCAGGCUCCUCCUACACCUGCCAGCAGCAGGUUGGCUGGGGCAAAUGUAACGAGUCCUGGAUGAACGGAUACUGCAAGCUGUCCUGCAACAAGUGCUAG